AUGAUGAACACAAACAUGAACGAAGAGGAAGAAUUACUAAGAGUUAUGCAAAUGGUAGCAGGAACUGUUCUUCCUAUGGUCAUGAAAACUGCUAUAGAACUUGAUUUUUUUGAAAUCAUGGUUAAACUUACUAACCAUGAUCAUUGUGGUCAAUUCACUUCAUCAGAUAUUGUUUCGUGUCUUCCUACACAAACCCCACAAACCCCAAUCAUAACCGAAAGAAUACUUCGGUAUCUUGCUACCAAAUCGAUUCUUACAUCUAAAUUCUUCACUGAUGAAAACGGAGUCACUAAGAAAUUAUAUGCCAUGACACCAAUAUGCAAGUAUUUUGUUAGCAAUGAAGAAGGGGGUUCUUUUGCUAACUUCUUUCUAUUCCAAAAUGACAAAGUUGUCACUGAUUCUUGGCAUCACUUAAAGGAUGCAGUGCUUGAAGGAGGAACCCCAUUCAACAAGGCCCAUGGGGAGAAUAUAUUCGAAUACCAAGCAAAAGACAAAAGAUUUGGGGUGGAAAAACUAGUGGAUGUGGGUGGUGGUUUAGGAGCAACACUUGGGAUUAUUCUUUCCAAAUACCCUAACAUUAAAGGCAUCAACUUUGAUAUGCCCCAUGUCAUCAAAGAUGCACCUCUAAUUUGUCCAGGAGUGGAACAUGUUGGUGGAGACAUGUUUCAGAGUGUUCCAAAGGGAGAUGUGAUCUUCAUGAAGUGGAUAUUACAUGAUUGGGGUGAUGAUUACUGCAUGAAGUUAUUGAAAAACUGUUGGAUGGCAUUGCCAGAGGAUGGUAAGGUGGUGGUAUUAGAAACUAUUGUCCCAGAUGAACAACCAACAAAUAAUAAUGGUGAAACCGAUGUUGUUAUGUCUAAUCUUGAUGGUGAUAUGGUGAUGUUGGCUAUAAACCCUGGUGGGAAAGAGAGGACAGUUAAAGAAUACGAGGCAUUGGCUAUAGAAUCGGGAUUUGUUUCUUCAAAAAUUGUUUGCAGUGUUAGUUUCUAUUCGAUUAUGGAAUUCUACAAGAAGAUUUAGGUUGUAAUUGUUAAAGGGUGCUUUGCUUUGAUGAACUUAUGUUAUGUAGCAAAUAUAUUAAUGAACUUAUGUGAUGUUCAAAGAGAAUAAAUUCAUAAGAUUUAUACACUAAAAUUUUAACAUUCUAUUCCAUCUAUGAGGAAAACAAAGCAACUCAUGUAGGCAA